AUGUCUUCAGGCAGUAGCAAUGUUGAUGCCGAACUAACCAUUUUUCGUCUAUACGUUCAUUCACAAACUGAGUUAUCUUUUGACACCAAAUUCAAACAAAUCGACAUCAUUCUAGACUUUGCCAUCGAGCACCCCGUAGGCUCAGGAAAGUUCAAAUCAACCUGGAACAUUGAUGUUGAAUGGUUGCAAAUGAUGAAGAAAAAAUAUCCACAACUCAGGGUGGUAAUUAGCCUUGGAGGUGUUGGCUCUGAAUAUCCAUUCAAUCCUGUCGAUCCACUCAGGUGGAUUAUCAACGCGGUAAGCUCGAUCAAACAUAUCAUCAGUCUCUAUGGCCAAAAACUGAUUGAUGGAAUCGAUAUUCACUACGAUGUCAUUGAAUCAACCGAGGAAGAUUUUUCCUUCUGUAUUGGAGAUGUUAUAAAACAACUCAGAAAUGAUAAACAUUUAUCUAUCAAAGUGGUGUCUAUUGCUCCAACGAAACUUGUUGAAUCUUAUUAUCUCAAAUUGUAUUCGGACAACAAAGAUAUUAUUGACUUGGUUGAUUAUCAGUUCUACAACGAGAAUUUCUCAUCAAAGAAUGAAUUUGUAAAACUAUAUGAAAAACUUGUAGUUGACUAUAGUCCUGCUAAAGUCCUACCAGGAAUCUCCAUUUUUGCUAACCGUAUCAGUAAAGAGGCCAUCGCGGAUCUCAUCGACAAAAAAUUAAUUCCUGGUUACUUUGUUUGGAAUCCUAAUGAUCACUCUCCUGUUGGCACCAACCCUUUCUCUCUUGAGAAUAUGCUAGAAUAG